AUGGCAUAUUAUGUGUUAGAUGACGUUAAACUGGAUAGCAAAACUGCACCAAAUCUGAACCUGACAAGAGAUCGAUGGAUUGUGGGCGGCUAUUGGUGGUGUCAUGAUUGGAAACGUUCCUCCAAGAACCACAGAAAUGAACGGGAGCAUAGCCUCAGUGGUGUUGCUUUGCCGGGUAAGGAAUUGGAGAGAGCUGCCAUACUGGACCUGGAGGACUGUACCCAAUAA